AUGGCCAAGGAGUCGGCCAAAGAGCUAUUUAGACAAAUGAAGAAUGAGCUAAAUGGGGGAAGAGAAAAACCAAAUUGUCUGGAUGUUAUGUCAUGUGAGGUAAGUUCAGAAUGUGAAGAUUUGAAAACUUAUCAUAAUGAAAUAAAAUAUUUGAAAAAAGAACAAUUAAAAGCAUAUAUAUGUAAAUUGAAAAAAGAAAUAAAAAAUUAUAAAAAUAAAGAAUUAAAUUAUAUUAUAGAAAUAAAAUAUUUAAGACGAAAAAUAAUAAGAUUACAAAAUGUGAUUGAAAAUGAUAAAGUUUUAAAAAGAGAUCAAUUUAAUUAUUUUUUAAAUCAUGAUAAAAGAGGUUAUUCAUUAAAAAAUUACAAUAACAAUAUGGAUAUAGGAUUUACCGAAAAUGUAAUAUUUACAGACAAUAAUUUUAUUAAUAAAAAUAGGCAACAUAGUUUUAACAGGUCAGCCACGUCGCUCAUAUACGACAAUAACGAUAGAAACCAUAAAUGUGGUAUAAAUGAUAGAUGUGGUAGCAAUGGCAAUUCCAAUAUGCGAAGACAAUCAUGUGGAAACAAAAGCUUUUUUAAAAGCGAUUCGAUUCGAAGCAUUAAUCAGGAUAUUCAUAAGGGUAAAAGAAUAAUAGAUAAAAAAGAUGAAGAUUAUGAAAUAUAUAAUGGAAUUAGUAAAGAGAUAGUUGGAUUGAAAAAUAAAUGGAAAAAAAUUGAAAAACAAAAUGGAAAUAAAAAAAUAAUUCAUACUAUAAAGCCUAUUGAAAAGGUAUAUUCUUGUGGUGAAGUUUUUGAUAAUAAUAAAAUUAUAAAUAGUAAAAAUUAUGAUGAUAAUAUGGAUAAAUAUCGAAAUAACCGACGUGAACAUUCUUUAUAUAAUUUGAAUUUGUAUAAAAAUCCUAAAAAUAUAGGUAGUGAAAAAGGAGAAAAAAAAGAAAUUUUUGUUUCAAAUAGAAGCUAUUCUUCAACAUCUAAAUUUGAAUUAAAAAGACAUCUUAUUUCAAACAAUAAAAAUAUGAGUCGUAUGUCUAGUCAUAUUAAUAGUAUAAUAGAAAAGGAUAUAAAUAAAUAUAACAAAUCAAAAGAAAAUAUUUUAUAUCAAAAAAAUGAAAAAACACAAUCAAAAAAUAAUUUUUUAAAUGCAUUAACAUAUGAAAAUAAACAUAGAAGUUGUAGUAGUAUUCAUAGUAAUUUAAUUAUGAAAAAAUAUAAAAAUAUUGAAAAAACGAAUACUAUUAAAAUUAAUAAAAAUACAUUUGAUACAUAUAAUGAUGCUUAUCAUAAAAAAAUUUUGAGCAAAAAAUAUACUUCUCCAUAUGCUUAUCAAAAUAGUGGGAAAGCUAGUAGUAAUAAAUAUAGUAAUAAAAAAAGUGAUAUAAUUCGAAGAAACAUAAAAAAUGUUGAAACAAAAUUUGGAAAAUAUAUUCCGAAUGAAGAUCAGAUUUUGGAAAAUGAGAAUCUGGAUAAGCUAGAUAAAAAAAAUGAGGUCAGAAAAAAUGAGGUCAGAAAAAAUGAGGCCAGAAAAAAUGUAAUCUACUAUCCUUGUAUUGAAAAUGGUAAUCAAUUAGUGGAAAAUGAUUAUAUGGGCAUUAAAAGAGGGACCUAUAAUAAUUUGGUAAAAAAGUAUGACAGUGACAAUAUAAAAUUAGAAGAAGACUGUGAUAGUUCGAGUUCUAUUAAUAAAAUAAAAAAAUACUUUCAAAAUGAGAAAAAGAAAAAAAAAAAGAAAAAAAAAUCGGAAAAAAAGGCUGAAAAAAAGGCGGGAAAAAAGGCGGGAAAAAAUGAAGAAAAAAAGGCGGAAAAAAAGGCGGGAAAAAAUGAAGAAAAAAAGGCGGGAAAAAAUGAAGAAAAAAAGGCUGAACAAAAUGAAGAAAAAGCGAAUAACAAUUGGGGAACAACUUUAAAAUGGAAAGGACGAAAAGCUAGUGAAAAAUCAGAGACAUGCUUUAAUGAUAUAACAAAAAAGGAAACAAAAUCAAUAGAAGAUGAUAAUAAUAAAAAUAAUACAUAUUUAUUAAAUUUAAAAAAAGUUAUACAAUCUGAUCUUAAAGAAAAUUUUAAAGAGGAAUUAGAAAAAUUAAAAAAACGAAAUAAUAUGUUAAUAUCAAAACCGAAUGUUUAUUGUGAUAUACCUUUUGAUAGUACGAGUGGUGGAAGUGAUAAAGACAAUUAUAGCAAAAGCAGUGAUGAUAAAAAAAAAAAUAUUGGAACUAAAAAUCGGGACAAAAUUAAUAUUAGUUAUUUGAAAGGACCAACUAUAUUAAAUACGUCAUUUAAUGACAUUGAAAAAAGAAUUAGUAAUUUACAAAAUUAUUUAAAAAAAAACAAAAAAUAG